AUGUACCUUAGUACCCCAGAUCUGAAGAUGGAAGAACAGUCCUCGACUAAUGCCGCCGGCAACACAAAGCCGGCGUCGCUGCCCUUGCAAGAGCACCAGGAGUCAAACUAUCCUAACAUGUGGGGUGAUCAUGGAAACCUUACGGGGAUUGUCUGGUCCAGCCCCUCCAUGGAUGUUGCGAGCUACGCAACUGGUAGUAUCAGCCUCCAAGGUAACGAGCAGAACAUGAUCAUGUCUCACGGUAAUGAACCUCAAGACAUGCACUUGUCGAUCCGUCAUGAUGAAGCCAUUGAUAGAGGUACCCCCAACAACGGAGGCACUCAUACCCAAAACAAUGGAGUCACUCAUACCUCCACCGACAACAAUGGGUUCACUUACACUCACCAAGACGGAUCAACUCAUAUCCCCCUCAACCAAGGCGCCCAUACCCACAACAACGGAGUCACCUAUGACUAUAACAGUGGAUUCACUCACAUCCACAACAACGAUUCCACUCACAAUCACCCUAACGGUGUCACUUACACCCACCACGACGGAGUCAACUAUAACUACAACAACGUUGAGGUAGCAACUCACACCCCCCACAAUGGAGUCGCCCAUCACCAAAACAACGGAUUCAUUCACAUCCACAACAACGAUACGCAAACCCACCACAACGGAGUCAACCAUAACUACAACAAUGUAGCCACUCAUAUCCCCCAAAACGGAGUCAACCAUAACUACAACAACGUAGCCACUCACACCUACUACAACGGAGUCAUUCAGAAUCACCACGACGGAGUCAACCGUAACUUCAACAACGGAGUUACUCAUACCCCCAACAACGAUUCCUGUUACACCCACCACAACGGAGGCACUCAUACCCCCCACGACGGAGUCAUCCAUAAUUACAAUAACGUAGCCACUCACACGCCCACCAACGGAUUCGCUCACGUCCACAACAACGGAGUUACUCACAAUCACGACAACAAUAUCGCUAACAUCCACCAGAACGGAAUCAUCCCUCCCAAUCCAGGCUUAAGCAACAACCGCGUUCAGCGCCCGCCCAUUAUUAUCACCGACAAGUGCCACAAAUGCGCUUUACCCGCCUAG